CACGGAAAAGAUAGAAGCGUGCACAGUUAUGAGAGUGAACUAGUCCAGUAACGUUAAAUGGAACAACAAACGUCUUUCUUACUUUGCAAGAUGAAAUAUAUAAACUGCUAGCACACACAGACGUCCUUUAAGGAGCUGUUAAGUGUUUUACGAACGGAGCAAUGCCUCUUGUUCCUGCGAACCAGCCGCAGCUGAUCCGCUCCUGUCAGAAGGAUGAAUACUACCAGAACAACCUGACAAACAACGCCAAUGAGCUCUUCCACACCUUUGCUGGUUCAAGACGUUGGCUUCAGUGGAGAAAGGAAAUUGAAUUAUUAUCUGAUCUGGCCUACUAUGUCCUUACAACUUUAUCAGGAUAUCAGACUCUGGGUGAGGAGUACGUCAGCAUCAUCCAAGUGGACCCAAGCAAAAGGCGAAUCCCUUCACGAAUGCGCCGGACGGCACUUAUCUGCUUUCACACGUUUGUGCCUUAUCUUUUGGACAAGGUCUUAAUCUGUGUUGAGAAUGAGCUGGAAGCUGAAGCACCUCAGAACACACGCAGAACCUGGAACCCGUUAUCGCACAUGCGGUUCUGGAUCCAGAGAGCUGUGGGGCUGCUGACGGAUUCUCAGAGGAAGUCUUUGAUUCCGCUUGUUUUUGCCCUGCAGCAGGGAAUCACACUGCUGUACAGGCUACACGUGGCGCUCUUUUACACCACUGGAGCCUUUUACCACAUUGCUAAAAGAGCUGCAGGUGUUCGUUAUCUAAGAGUGGGAAAUGCGUCCGGCGAUGACCCCAGGAUCAGUCACAGUUACCGUCUGCUGGGUGGCCUGUCUGUUCUGCAGCUGGCCAUCACUCUCACACUGCAGUUCAACAACCUCAGGCAACGACAGAGAGCUCGGCAUGAGUGGAAACAGCAAAGAAACCUGCUCCCUAGUCAUCCGGUCAGUCAGUCGUCAUCUCGCACUUCACGCUGUAUCUUGUGUUUGGAGGAGCGCAGAAACACCACCAGCACUCCCUGCGGCCAUCUCUUCUGCUGGGAGUGCAUUACCGAGUGGUGCAAUACCAAGAAUGAAUGCCCGCUGUGUCGAGAGAAAUUCCAGCCUCACAGAUUGGUUUAUUUGAGAAGCUACAAGUAGACCUUGAGGUGAUCGUGAUGGGAAUUUAACUCUGUUGCUGUUUUUCACAUUCCAUCACUGAUUGCAAAACAGACAGUAAUUUAAGGAUUGCAUGAUUUGGGAAUUAUUACGUGUAUUGUUUUGUGCUGAAUUAUUUUUGACACGUAAUUUAAAACACAUUUCAAUGCAAGUUAACUUUCAAAUUAUGUUUAAUUUUCUAAUUAUGCAGAUGAUUACUAUAAAAAAUGCACACACUUUUUUCAACACAAUCCUUUCAUCUUGCCUCAGUGCAAAUUGAUGAAAUUAACUUAAUACUUUUUUAUAAUUUUAAGUUGAUUGAACAUAAAACAAUUAAGUUGUCCCUAAAACACACUCUGAACUGUGUUGUUUCAACUAAUUUUAACUUUUGUGUGCUGUUAGGGGUGUUUUCAUCCACUCUGGGGUGAUUUUAUGUCUUAAUUUGGCCACAACUUUCUCUGUUUCAGCAAAUGGAAUGAUUCUUGGUAACUAAUCUAAUUUUAGUACGGAUUUUGGAAAAAUACUUUAAAAUACUUUAAAAACACUUUAGGCAAAUUGACUACCCUUUCGUUAUGUUCAGGGCUGUUUUUGCCCCCAUUGACUUCCAUUAUAAAUUUUUUUUUAUUGCAAAGCCAUGAAACCAAAUAAACAAUGUGUGUUGUGAUGUGUGUUUUUUUCAGUUGGGAAGUGUUAAAAUUUGUGUUUUUUGCUGCUGAUCAUCAGUGUUAUCUUAGUUUCUGGCUUUUAUAUGGAGUUUUAUAGAGUUAUAGUGUGUAAGAGAGAGACAUCUUUGCGCACUUACCUUGAUAUGUCUGAAAAAUCCAAAUAAGCAACGGAGCUCUCAGAACAUAGUAAAUGUAUUUAUGCACAUACACUAUAAUCUGCUGUUUUACUCCAUAGAAGUUCAUAUAAAAGCCAGAAACUUUUUUGCACAGGCUUGUCUAAAGCAGUGUUUCCCAAUCCUGUUCCUGAAGGCACACCAACAGUACACAUUUUCAACCUCUCCCUAAUCAAACACACCUGAAUCAACUUAUCAUAACAUCAGAAGAAACUCCAAUACCUGAAGUUAAUGGGUCAGAAAAGGGAGACAUCCAAAAUAUGUACUGUUGGUGUGCCUCCAGGAACAGGAUUGGGAAACACUGGUCUAAACUAAUGGUCAACAGUAAAAAUUACACAUAUUACCUCUUUUCAACAGAGAAAAAUAUUAACAAUCAAGUCACUGUUAAACCAUUAAAACACAAGUCAAUGGGGCAAAAACAGCCAUGAACAUAACGAAAGAGUAGUGAAUUUGAACAUUACACAAAGGUUAAAUAAGUAGUUUGAACUAGCAGCAAAAAGGUUUUUGGAGUGUGGUAAUUGUAGCGUUCCUUAAAUAAAAUAGUUUAUAUUUUACAGAACAUCACCAAAUCUACCUAAAACACAUCUUAUAUGGCAACAAAUAAAACAGCAGGUUUGUUAAUGAUUGAAGUUCUGGACUUCAUUUAUCCUUUUAUUGGACAAGCACCAGCCAAGAAGCCAUCUAAUCAUUUGCAUUUCCGUCAAGUUUUGUUCAAUGUGUUCUGUUUAUAAACCUAAAAUUGUAAAAACAAUCUUUCGACAAUACAAGAGUGGUGUGAUUAUUUUUGUAUAUUCUUUGACUAGUGCCUGAAGCAAUAGUCUGGGAUGUCUUUUAAAGACUGUCUGUGCUGUUAUAUCCUUCACAAAAGGGUUUAGCAGUUCUUGAUAAGCACUCAUUGUCACAAUUUUAAACAAAUAAACAGCUUUUUUUCUUCCACAA